CGGAUACGGCCAUGUACACGUACGUUUCCUGUCCGUGCCGUCCUCAAGUCCUCUUCCCCGCGCCGCGCCGCCUAAUAAACUAGCCUCCAAUCCACUCCACUCCCAAGUCCCAGGAAGCCGUCGCACUCCUGUCGUCGUCGUCGACUCGCCGUGCUCCUCCUCCGCCCCCACCGGUUUCGGGUUGGCGCGGAGUGGACGAAUCCAUCCACGCCUGCGAUCGAUUUGGACCGUUGCACACAAUGUCAUGACGAGUUUCAGUCCAAUCACAAAACAAUGGUGCACAUACGUCACAGAGGGACUGUGCUUCUGCAAGUUAUGGAAUGUAUUUUCUACAGGUGUGAGCAACAUCCAAUCGAUUUUCAGUACGGUUAUGGAGGCUUUAAUUUCAAGUUUAAACAAAAUGGAGGUGGAAACCAGUCAGGCACCAGAACCGGUAAUUCAACAGAAGCCAGGACCAAAGGUGGAUCAAAAUCCUGUGGAAACCGAUAUUAACCCAGAAAAGGAAACUGAUGAGCUUUCAGGAUCCAAGGUCAAUGAAGAGCCAAUGGAAACAUGUCUGGACACAGUGGUGGAAACUGAUAUCAUCCCAGACAAGAAAGCUGAUCGGGAAGCAGGAUUGGAGGUUAAUCAAAAGCCUACAGAAACAUGUCAGGAGACAUCUGCAGAAUCUGAUGUCAACCCAGAAAAACGAACUUCUGAUCCAGGUGUUAUCUACCGCUGCAAAAAAUGUCGGAGAAUGCUUGCAACUCAAGAAUUUGUUGUUACCCAUGAAGUAGGUGCGGGUGGAAAGUGCUUCAACCGAGGCAAACGGUCUGUGGAUGAUGAUGACAAAAAACCUGAAUGUCCCUGCAUCUAUGUGGAGCCGAUGAAGUGGAUGCAAACUGUGGAAGAAGGAUAUGUUGCGAAUAAGCUCUUUUGCAUGGGAUGCAAAGCUCGUCUUGGACAAUUCAACUGGGCCGGUAUGCAGUGCUGCUGCGGAGCCUGGGUGAUUCCAGCAUUUCAGCUGACCAAAAGCAAGAUCGACGAAUGCUCAAUGUAACCACGCAAUCAAGCAAAGUUUUGAUCCCUUAGCAGUGAUGUUACAACAUAUAUAUGUAGCUAGGAAAUAGUAUCGGCUAGGCACUCUGGUUAAGUAGUUAUCAGCUGUAAAGAAUGCUGAUCUCAUCUAGAGCAUCAGCUCUUACGUUUCACCAAGCUGCGACAGCUAAACAAACUGGGAAAUGUUUGGUGGACCCUCAGUUUACGGAUUGGUUUAGCUGCACUGCUAGAGUACUUUCUUGAACUUCCCCGUCUUUUGGGUAUGGUAUGAUCAGAUCUCAUGAGUUAUGGCUCAUGAUUUCAUGAGUGGAUCUAAUUUCUUCAGAUGAAAA